UUGGUAAGUAUUAGUGUGCAUUGUAACAAUCAAUCGUAAUUCAAAUCAUUAGAUGAUCAAAUUGAUGACGCUGUUUGUUGCUUAUCACCCCUUGUUAUACAUAGACAUAGUUUUAUGGAAUCCCACAAAUCUCUCUUGAGUGUAGUUUCCAACGGCUUAUUUUCAUUGUCAUGUUGGUUAUCUAGGUCGAAAAGGGUGGUUGCAUGAAGCACCAGAGAAAAUUCUCGGUGGAAGGUAUGAUGGGCAGCAUUUAUCCGAGCACAGAAAUACCACCAACUCAGGGCACAGGGGUGAAUUUACCCAUGGUAGGGUGUCGCUGGCCGGGGGAUGGUCAAUCUCCUAUCCGUUAUGGACCUAACAAAUGUGUUGGUGUUCCGUGCGAUUCAUCAUGUGUACGCGUCCAGCAAGAUUCUAGUAUAUCUUUAGGUCCGCCAUAUUUACAGUUUGAUGACACUGGCGUGGCAUACCCUGAAAAUGCGUGUAUUACCUAUUCCAAGGUUGGUCCUUACAAGCGCCGUUCUAAUGGUGUUUACGUUAGUACUCAGCCUGGUAAGCGUGUUUGUGUCAUGUCCAAUGGCAAUUUAUCGGUAUCUGACGUUGCACUGCGUCGUGUUCUUCAUUCACAAAACAAGACUGUUAUGCCUGGUGUUAGUUGUUCUUGCUGUAUGGUAAAUAGUUACCCCAACGCGCCCAUGUAUUCUGAUUUGGGUUACCGUGGUAUGAUGUGCAAUUCGUAUAGCACUAUGUUUGGUUAUCCUCAGGUUAUGGGUUUGAAUACAUGUCGAGUUCCUACAACUUAUUGCGGCACAACCUCUGAUUCUCGUUUUCCCAAUGGAUGUGUUCCGCAAGAUAGCAACGUGUUGGUUUACCUCAAUAGUGACCAAGAUAUUGUGGACAUUUAUGGUUGGCGUUACGUUGACACUUUGGGCGAGGGAUCCUACGGUAAGGUGUAUUUCGUUCGUAACGAGUUCACCAGUGAAGAAUCUGCGUUUAAGCGUAUGCUUUUGCACAAGAGUGGUGCUAUGCCGCCUGCUAUAUUGCGUGAGAUUCAUUCUCUCAGGUCCUGCAAUCACGAGAAUGUCAUUAAGCUGAACAAGGUAUACGUUGGUGACUGUCGAGUAUACCUUAGUUUCCCUCGUAUUGUUGGUGGUAACUUACGUCAGCUAUUAGAGAAGCACUAUCCAACAGGAGUCCCUUUGGAUAAUGUGCGAUCUAUAGCGAAGCAGUUGAUAAGUGGCAUUGCUCAUAUUCACUCUCGCCGUAUAAUUCAUCGUGACAUAAAGCCGGAGAACAUCUUGGUAGAGACUGAGUUUCAAGACGACCUUCAAGUUCCCAGGGUUGCGUCUGACGACGAGAGUUCUUGCAGUGACGCUCCUGGCAGUCUUUGCGGCGACAUCGGUAUAGGUCAAUUCAUUGAGCCCACUGUUAGGCCACGUAUAAAACGUGUUGUGAUAAGUGAUUUUGGCUUAUCUCGUGUUCACAAAUCUGUUGAUCAUCCCUUAUUUGAGAACGAUGAGUCUAAGUUGAUGAACAGUCCCAUGUCUCCUGAGGUAGUGACUUUAUGUUAUCGUCCUCCUGAGCUUUUGCUUGGUGACUUCCACUAUUCAUUUUCGGUUGAUAUAUGGUCACUGGGCUGUGUUCUAUUUGAGUUGAUAACAGGCAAGCCAAUAUUUGAGGAGCGCACUGAGUUUGCUUUGUUGAUAGCGAUGUUCCGAAGGUUCGGUACUCCAAAGGAAGAGGACUGGCCUGACUUGACAUCUUUGCCUUUUAUGAAUCCAUCAUUACCUAACAUUCGCACUUCUUCUUGCCUUGUUGAGUGUUUGAACAAGGUCGACCGUGAUUGUAUGGAUUUGCUGGAGCGUAUGCUUGCAUUGAAUCCUCAGAAGCGUAUUUCUGCUAGGGAGGCUAUUGUCCAUCCGUGGAUUGUCAAAGCUUGAUUUUUCUUUUAGGACACAUUUCUUUAAUGUUAUUUUCUGUCCUAUUUUUCUUUGCUGGUA